CAACUCCAAAACAAGAAAACUAAUCUUUUUUAAAAAGAUGAAAAACGGCAAUUUUGAUCUGUCCGAGAACGGCCUAGACCAUAAUGACUUGCACUUUCAUUCUUCCUCAUGCUCGGAGUUUGACGGUCGGAAGCCCCCUGCUCUGGAAGGGAUCGCAGCGGUUGUUGGAGAGAGAGUCCUCUUUGGAGAGAGGAAAUUAGAGGGAGACAGUAUUAGUAUUCAGAGAAAGGGCAGUAGUUAUCGAGGAGUGAGGAGGCGCCCAUGGGGGAGGUGGUCGGCCGAGAUACGCGACCGCAUAGGCCGCUGCCGCCACUGGCUCGGCACCUUCGACACGGCGGAGGAGGCAGCCCGCGCCUACGACGCCGCGGCCAGGCGGAUGAAAGGCUCCGCGGCGAGGACCAAUUUCCAGAUUCCUCCAAUCCUGCCAUCGCCGUCGCAAUCGCAAUCGCAGUCAAGCUCUUGCUCUGAUCGGAAAAUUAGGGGUAACGGUAGAGGGAAAUGCUCGGUGGUAACGAGUGCUGCUCAUCUAUUCAGCCCUAAUUUCGCCGAUGAUGCUACAGAAGACGACGACGUUGGUUUGGAGCUCGAAAAUGGAGGUUUCAGCAAAAAAACAAGGGUUUCUUAAUUAAUCAUGCUCUAUGUAAAAACUCCAACCCCCUUUUCCCUAACUUAAAUUAAACCUCUACUAAUUAAUUUUCCUUCCUAAGUAAUUUCUUUAAUUAGUAGGGAUUAUCAUGUUAUUAUGUAGGAGUGGGUUGUGGUAAGUAUGUAUAUGAUCUCAUGCAGGUUGUAAUAUAAUCACGAAAAUGUGGUCGACACGUUUCAAUGAAACUUCA